GCGGAGGCUCUGAGCUGGCAGGCGAAGGGCUUUCUCCCGCGCCCGCCUGCCCGGCGCGGUCCGAGGAUGCGGGGGGGCGAUGCCCGGGGCCAGGGACGCGCUCUGUCACCAGGCGCUGCAGCUGCUGGCCGAGCUCUGUGCCCGAGGGGCCCUGGAGCACGACAGCUGCCAAGAUUUCAUCUACCACCUGCGGGACCGUGCUAGACCCCGGCUCCGAGACCCAGAUAUCUCUGUGAGCCUGCUAACCCUUGUGGUUACCGCCUGUGGUCUUGCCCUCUUUGGUGUCUCCCUCUUCGUGUCUUGGAAACUGUGCUGGGUUCCAUGGCGAGAGCGAGGCCUGUUCUCUGGUGGCAAAGACAACAACCAAGAGCCUCUUAACUACACAGACACAGAGACCAAUGAGCAGGAGAACAGCGAGGACUUCCUAGACCCACCCACACCCUGCCCUGACUCCUCCAUGAAGAUCAGCCACACUUCCCCCGACAUUCCCCUUUCCACCCAGCCAGGUGACCAGGAGAACUGUGCCCAUGCCAUCCGUGUUCAGCGACAAGUCACAGAGCCAACGCCAUCAGCUCGGCACAACUCAAUCCGAAGACAACUCAACCUGUCGAACCCGGACUUUAAUAUCCAGCAGCUUCAGAGGCAAGAGCAGUUGACUGGGAUUGGUAGAAUUAAACCAGAAUUAUAUAAGCAGAGGUCACUGGACAAUGACGACGGGAGGAGGAGUAACAGCAAAGCUUGUGGGAAACUGAACUUCAUUUUAAAAUAUGACUGUGACUUGGAACAGCUUAUCGUGAAGAUACACAAAGCCGUCAAUCUGCCUGCCAAGGACUUCUCUGGGACUUCAGAUCCUUAUGUCAAGAUCUACCUGCUUCCUGAUCGGAAAACAAAACACCAGACUAAAGUUCACAGGAAGACCCUGAACCCUGUAUUUGAUGAGGUGUUUUUAUUUCCUGUUCCCUACAAUGACCUUGAAGCACGGAAGCUUCACUUCUCUGUGUAUGACUUUGACAGGUUCUCUCGCCAUGACUUGAUUGGUCAAGUGGUGGUGGACCACUUCUUCGACUUGGCUGAUUUCCCCAGGGAGUGCAUUCUUUGGAAGGAUAUCGAGUAUGUCACUAACGACAAUGUGGAUCUGGGAGAGCUUAUGUUCUCACUCUGCUAUCUCCCAACGGCCGGCAGGCUGACCAUCACCGUGAUAAAAGCAAGGAACUUGAAGGCAAUGGACAUAACGGGAGCAUCAGAUCCAUACGUGAAAGUCUCACUGAUGUGUGACGGCCGGCGACUGAAGAAAAGGAAAACAUCGACCAAGAGGAACACGCUUAAUCCCAUUUACAAUGAAGCCAUAGUCUUUGAUGUCCCUCCUGAAAGCAUUGACCAGAUUCACUUGUCCAUAGCUGUCAUGGACUAUGACCGUGUAGGUCAUAAUGAGGUCAUCGGCGUGUGUCAAGUAGGCAACGAAGCUGAGCGGCUGGGCAGAGAGCACUGGAGUGAAAUGCUGUCUUAUCCUCGGAAGCCUAUUGCACACUGGCACUCUCUGAUGGAGAAACGAUGACUGGGGAUAAGAAGACUGCUUGUGCCAAGGACACAGUUGGACAACUAUGUAACAAAGAUCUUAAGUAACUUUUCCCACCUAGCGACACCCAGAUGAGUCCAGUGAUGAAAUACUCAGCUGUAACCGCAGCAAUAACUGGCCCUCCUUCCAAAUGGGAUUUGGUGAAUCUGAAUGGUCCAUCCACCUGCUUUAGGUGACCCAAGCUGAUGUGCUCUAGGGAAGCUCAUCCCUCACUGUCUGUCAAAAACCAAAUUGGACUCAAGAAGAAAGCAAGUGGCAUAGUGAAA